CUCUUUGCGCGUUGUUUGUUUCACACGUUAUUUUUCGUUAGCUUCAUUUUUAUAUUUGCUUGAUUGUGUGAUAUCGAGAUCGCAUCUUGGAGUCCUUGAUCCCGACAAACCAUGUUUAUCCCUGAAGACCAAAUAUGGAUGGUCGUUGUCGGUUUCAUAAUAGCAUUUGUUCUUGCUUUUGGAAUUGGUGCAAAUGAUGUGGCGAAUUCUUUCGGAACUAGUGUUGGAGCCAAAGUGUUAACACUAAAACAAGCUUGUAUUCUUGCUACAAUCUGUGAAUUAAGUGGCUCUGUUCUUUUAGGUGCUAAAGUUUCUAAUACCAUACGUAAAGGUAUUGUUAGUGUCGAACUUUUUAAAACUAUUGAAAAUGGACAUGUUAUCUUGAUGGCUGGACAGGUGGCUGCUCUUGGCGGUUCUUGUAUAUGGCUAUUGGUCGCUACAUUCUUCCGUCUUCCAGUCUCUGGCACACAUAGCAUUGUUGGUGCAACAAUGGGUUUUAGUCUUGUUAUUUUUGGACUCAAUGCUAUUCAAUGGAAAGGACUGCUUAAAAUUGUUGGAUCAUGGUUUCUCUCACCUGUUCUAAGUGGUUUGGCAUCUAUUGGAGUAUUUUUCCUAUUGCGUGUUCUGGUGCUCAGUAAAGAAGAUCCGCUGGAACCUGCACUUCGACUGAUUCCAGGCUUUUUCGGUACAGUAGUACUGGUCAAUAGUUUUUCAAUAUUUUAUGAAGGACCUCCAAUGCUGAAAUUCGAUAAAAUACCUCUUUAUGGAGUAUUUAUACUUAGUUGUGGCUUAGGUAUUAUCACUGUUCUACUUGUAAAGUUUAUAUGGGUACCUAUUGUUCGUCGACACAUUUUAACUGGGGAAUCCAGUGGACAUAUUUUAAAAAGUUAUUUUUCCCGUAAGAGCAAAAAGAAAUCAUCUGACACUGUAGACGAUAAAUAUCAGUCUGUGAUGGAUAGUAAAUCUUGCAAACUUUCAAUCGGAAAACAUGAAUCCAUUGAUAUGGACACGUAUGCUCCACAAACAGAUGGAGAGGCUGUGAUUGGAUUUCGAAAUGUAGAUAAUAAAGAUAAACUUGAACAAUUCACCAAUGAAAAUAAUAAUGUAAUACAGGGAGUGAAAAAUCCCAAUGAAGUUUCAAGUCAAUUCGAUGUUAAACCAAGUAAUCCAGAUGAAAUGGAUCGUAAUAGUAAUCAGUUAAACAUGACAUUAGGCUAUUCAUCGAAUGAUCAAAACGCCAUCGGGGAUGGUAGUCAUAAUUUGACCAAUGGAAAAGUUAAUGUAUCAUCCCCUCCCAACCUGUCUACAAUUGGUGAAGAACCAGAUCAUAGCGAUUUAAUUAAAGAUCGUCCAGCCGAAGCUCAAGUAUUUUCAUCUUUGCAAAUUAUAACAGCUGUUUUCGGAUCAUUUGCUCAUGGUGGCAACGAUGUAAGUAAUGCUAUCGGGCCAUUGAUUGGUUUAUGGCUUAUUGCCACAACACAGUUGGUUGAUUCAUCUAAAACUACAGAUUUAUGGAUUUUAGUUUAUGGUGGUGUCGGUAUAUCAGUCGGUCUUUGGAUAUGGGGUAGACGAGUUAUUCAGACAUUAGGAGAAGAUCUAUCUCAAAUGACACCAUCCAGUGGUGUUUCCAUUGAAAUCGGUUCAGCGCUAACUGUGCUGAUUGCUAGUAAAAUUGGUCUGCCAAUAUCAACUACACAUUGUAAAGUUGGUUCUGUUGUAUUUGUUGGACGUGCACGAUCUAAAGAUAAUGUUAAUUGGGGCAUAUUUCGUAAUAUUCUACUUGCAUGGUUAGUAACUUUACCGGCUGCUGGUGCUAUCUCUGCUUUACUUAUGUACAUAUUUACAUUUAUUGUAUAA